AAGAAGCCCCAGCCUGCCCUUUAAUUUGACAAGAAGGAUCGUUAAAUUCGUUCCACGGCCCCUCCCCUCUGAAUAUAUACAUAGCUGCUGCCACAAAUAAUGAAGAAAAUCGUCGUAAAGGUCUGCAUCAAUUGCAAGACCUGCAAGAUGGAAAUACUAAAGACGGUGAGCAAACUCGAAGGAAUCGAUGAGAUAUCAGUGGAUGCCGAGAAAGGGACACUAACAGUUGUUGGUGAGGUCGAUCCCGUGUUGAUCGUCAAGCAGCUCAGGAAGAUCAAGAAGGGCGCCAGUAUCGACAGUGUGGGGCCAAAGAAGCCUCCCGAGAAAAAACCGGAGCCUCUUAAAGUUUGCGAUCUGCCUCCUUGCUGCAAGUCAUGUCAGCUUGUUGCCGUUCCUGUAUAUGAUGACUAUGGAUAUGGAAGGUGUUCCAUUCUCUGAUCCGGUUUGUGAAAAGAGGUUUCCGGAAUUAAUAACUGUGUCUACAUGUAACUAGUGCAACAUCUUUCUUAUUAGAGAGAUUUCUCUUCGAACAAUGGUUCUAUGAUUCAGAAUUACUCCGCAUCCUUGCGAGUGUUUGAUAAUUAUAUAUGUACUUCAAGAGUGCCGUAUUAUGUUUGAUUCAAGCAUGCAGGGAUAUAUUGAAGGGAGAAUUUGCUAUCUUCCCAGUUCUUAUUG